AUGUCCCAGACGGUCUCAUUUGACAUCACUCCUGAAAAGGAAGCCAGCAAACUCCAGUUUCUUCGCCGUCAACUCUCCGGAUCUCCGCCUGAGGUUUCGCGACAAGAUGUCGACCUCACUGGACAGACGGCUAUUGUAACAGGGGCUAACGGCGGUAUCGGCCUAGAAUGCUCGCAACAGCUCCUCGACCUUGGUCUCAGUAAGCUCAUUCUCGCAGUUCGCGAUGAGGUCAAGGGUGAGGCUGCCCGCAAGACCCUGACGACUGCUAAAGCGCUCGAGCCUAGUCAGACAAUCGAGGUCUGGAAACUAGACUACGCAUCCUACGAGUCCAUCAUGGGGUUUGCGCAGCGGGUUGAGGGUCUUAACCCUCGGUUCAACAUUGCUAUUCUCAACGCAGGCAUUAACCGAGGCGUUUUUGCCCUCAAUCCGACGACCCACCAUGAAGAAGAUCUGCAGACCAACUACCUCUCAACGGUCCUUCUAGUACUCCUCCUACUCCGCAUCUUAAAAAAGACCUAUGCGACGUCUAGUCUCUCGAAGUUCUCCCCAGGACGCAUCGUCGUGGUGUCGUCCGACAUGGCUGCUUGGGCCAAAUUUAACGAGAAGAAUGAUGAGCCGCUGCUAAAGGCCUUCGAUAAAAAAUCCAACUGGGAUAAGUUAGAACGCUACGCUACCACUAAGCUUCUAGGGCAGCUCUUCGUGGCCGAUAUAGCUAAGCGUGUACCGCCAUCGAUAGCUAUCAUUAACUGUGCCAACCCGGGCCUAUGCCAUGGCUCAGCUCUCGCCCGUGAACUUGGUACGGGCACUGCACUUUUUGUACGGGCUAUCGGUCGACCAUCAGCUAUAGGCGCGCGUAUACUUGUAAACGCCGCCAUUAAGCAGGACGAGAAAUCUCAUGGGCAGUACGUAGAGGAUUGCAAACUGAGACCAAUGGCACCUUUCGUGUAUUCAAAAGAAGCAGAGCAGGUAACGCCACGGUUGUGGGAGGAAACGAUAGAGGAGCUGUCGUUUGCAGGUGUUCAAGACAUACUCGAAUCCCUAUCAUCAGCUCAAGUUGAUUAGUGCCCAGGGGAUGAAGUUGAAACCUAUUCCAUAGUUGAUGC